AUGAGCAAGUACCAAUCGGAUAAACUCAGGCCUCGAUCGCGUCCCGUAUCGGCACUAACAGCAACCACGCCUGCUCACGUCACUAGUCUCGACCAUUCAUUCACGAAAUCACGACCAACAAUCGCAACUACAAAAUCAACAACAACGGCAAAUGUCACCACUACAACUGUGAACAACAGUAACAGUAACAGUAGCAACAAUAACAACGUCAACAACAGCAGCAGCAGCAAGAAUAACAAUAUAAGUUAUAGUUUGGGGCUGGGGUCGUUGUCUAGCUCGGGGAACGACUUGCAUUUGCAUCCAUAUAUAAACAUCCGCGAGAACUCGUCAUCUUCGUCACUUCCCAAGCCCAAAACCGAGAAACGAAGCGAGGCGCCUCGAGACUAUGAAGAAAUUGAAUUUUUAUACACGUUAUACAAGCCCAGUGCGUUGAAAAUCAAGAAGAUUGCAUCGAUGGAAGAGAAACUACGGCUCGUGACUCCCUAUUUGCCCAAGUUUACGCGACGUUCGCCCGAGUUGAAUGUGCAAUUGCACAUGUUCCUCGCUACGAUCAUGGUCAAAUACGUGACUCUGUGGUAUUUGGACAAGUUGAAUAGCGAUAAUUGGAAGUUUUUGCGGAUAUUGUAUGACGAGGUCAUGUGUCGCUUUGUAAGGGACGUGGUUGUCAAAUGUGAGAGUUUGCACAUGAUGAAGGUUGUCGAUGAUUUGAUUUUUAUUUUGAAUGAACAUGUACUGGAGUUUGUAUCUGCGGUUGGCGGUGGUGACGGCGACAACAGCGACAAUGAGGACGAUAAAGAAGAAAAAGAAGGAGAAGAAGAAGAAGAAGAAGAGGAGGAGGAGGAGGAGGAAGAGGAGGAGGAUUUGGAGGUUAACAAAGUUGUCGUUGAAUACUAUCAACGAGCGAGGAGUUUGAAUAAUCGCGAGUAUGACGCGAGUCGAAAUCCAGCUCGAGUGUUGGAUCUAUAUUUAUCGAAGCAGCAUUUGAUUUUCGAAGGAAAUAGCACAAGCACACCGCUAGCCACAGAAGAAAAUCCCCAACAUUUGCUCUAUUUCAGGGUACUAGCCAAGCAGGUCUUGAAGCAGGUUUUCCCUGAAAAAGAUGCCGCAAACGUUGUAUUUUCCUCGCAAAUGGCGAGCGAUUUCUUGAUUUUGAUCUUGGGUGACCUUGUCUUGGACCGCACGUUUGAAAAGUUGUCGCUGCCGCUGUUCAUCUUGGGCAACGUGGCUAUGCUUGCCGCGUAUUUACGCAAGUCCUUUUUCAAACCUCAAAGGGCGAAAACGGUGCCUAUCCCCUUGGGCCGAAGGUUUCGUCGAUUUGCCAAUGCCGUAUACGAUGCAUUCUACAAGAUUGCCGAUUUCACGAUGAUGGAGAAUGCCGGUGAACACGUUUCAGUUGUGCAUAGUUCGAUAUGGCUGUUUGUGGCAACUGUUACUGCAUUGCAAGUCUAUCGGCCGUUAUUGUACAACUUGCUAAGCUCGAUAUAUGCUGUCAUUUGCCAAUUGUCGGUGGUGCAGCUCUGGAUCAAUCACGUUUGCCUGCUUUGGCUCGCAGAGUAUCUCACGCGUGCGCAAACCCUUCGGCAAGUAGCCACGUUGGUUGGCAACUUGCGACUGCUGCUAUUCUACAACAAGGCCGAUAAACAAGAGGAGGACGAGCAAGAAGAAGAUCAAGACCAAGAUGAACCAGAAGACAAAGGUGCACAUGAGCUUGAACUCACACUAGAUAGUAUCAUGAGUCUAUUCGACUGUGCUUCCACUGCAAAAAGCCAAGCAGGUAAACAUGACAGAAGAAGACGGAUGAUCAAGCGGGUAUUGGUUGUUUUCGCCGAGCACCCUGAUAUUGACCCCGAGCAUAAAGUGAACAAAUUGUUGAUUGUUAAGCUUAUGGAUUACAUAGUGCAUUCUCUUUAUAAUGAAGUCUAA